AUGGUCCGCGAGAGCGGCAUCUCGGCCACCAGGCCAAUAUUCCCAGGCUACCUGCUGCCAAGCCUCAGACUGCCAUUCGGCAGAAGAGAAUCAGCGUCGUCGGAAUCAUCAGUUCCCGAAUCACCAUCAUCCGCACCGCCAUGGUCGGAGACGUCUACGCCAGCCACCUCACCGGGCACCUCACCGGGCACCUCGUCGCCUAUUGACUCUGCCCGGCCGGCUGGCGGCCACGGUGGCGGCGGCGGUAGCGAAGCAGUGCCGAUGGAAACGAACGACGCGCACACGGAGAAUAAGACGGAGAAUACUAGACUGUCACGCGUGGCGCCCGAUACCUUGAGGUGCAAGCACUGCUCGACCGACCUGGCACUGAGCUUGCAAGUCAUGUCCAAGGGCUUCACGGGCCGUCACGGCCGCGCACUCCUCGUGUCGCCGUCACGCGGCGGCGCCGACGACGGCGGUAACCUUCUCAACGUGCGCAUCGGCCCCAGCGAGAAUCGGCAGCUGUCGACAGGGUGGCACACCGUCGCCGACAUAAGCUGCUCGACGUGCUGCAGGAUGCUGGGAUGGAAGUACGUCGCCGCGCGGGAGCUGUCGCAGCAGUACAAGGUUGGCAAGUACAUUCUCGAGACGGAGCGGGUCACGACGCACCGGUCUUGGGAGCACGUGGAGGACGGCAGCGUGGAGCUGCAGCGGCAGCAGCGGCAGCAGCGACGGAGGAGCCGUCACGAUGACUGCGAUGAUGACGACGAGGACGGUACGGGCAUUGUAUUCAACUCGGAUGAUGAGGAUGAGUGCGAGGACCUCUUUGCUGGUACGUGGAACGCUGGCGCCGUGGCUCAGAGGAGGAUCAGGCGUCGUAUGAGUGGGCUGGGUAAUAAUAUCUGA